AUGGUUCGUAUUUCAUCAAAAGUUUCUCAUCGUCGAAUACAACAAAAGAAACAACCGUCAUUACAAUCGAUUGAAAUAAAUUCCAAUACAAAUGAUCAAUCAUCAUCAAAAAUUCUUAAUGUUGUUCGACAAGCAUUACUUAAUGCUGCUGAAGAACUUGUUUCUCAACAACAACAACAACCGCAAGAUAAUGAAAAUCAAUUAGAUAAUACAAUUCCAUGCCAUACAUUAGAUAUUAAUAACAAUGAUUUAAAUAAAUCACCUUGUCAACGAAAUGGAAAUGCAAUAAAAAAGAAGAAAAAUUUGAAAAAAAAAUUUACAUGUAAAAAUAAAAAAGUUUUAAAAAAUAAUCGACGUAAAUAA